AUGGCAGCGAUUCUCUCAUGUGGACAUGGGAAUAUUAUGGAACAUGUGUUCAACGCACUGGCAGAAGACAAGUCGCCAUACGAGGAUAUAACUCCAUUGUGUCUGAACCAAACAAUACAAUUUAUGAACGACUUCUUAGUUUCUUCUAGUCAGGGACCAGUCUAUGCUCGUCAAAUGUACCAAUCAGCGGGAGGUUUACCACCCGAUAUAGAAUUCAGCUGGAACGCUAAGGACUGGGGUAACUUUGAUCUUUGCCGUGACGUCAAGCCUGAAGUGAAUGUCACCGAUUUUGGUGGUCUUUAUUGUUUAACGAACACUGAUUCUAACAUAUUGACAUCGACUGUUGUAGAUCUUGGCGUUUGUUUUCCAGAUUCUUGCACAGAUAAAGACGUCGAAACGUUCGUCGUCGAAGGCUUUCGCUGGCUAUUGCCCUGGCCUGUUCCUACAACAUCGACAUCGUGUGCCCGAGGCUAUUCCCUGGGGGCUGGGGACAUUGUAGCCAUAACCAUAUGUGCGAUUCUAUUAUGUGUCAUCAUUGCUGGAACUGUGUACGAUAUGGUGAGAAUGAGGCGGGAGAAGUCGUCUGUGCAGCCUGUGAUGCCAUCGAAGACCAGAACUGAAGACAGUCAGGAACUGGACAACCACUUAGAUACCAACAACUCUCCCACCAAUUUGGACGUAGAAAUCGACUACAACGAAUCAACCAAAUGUGACGUAUGCGCUACUAAGUGUCAAGAUAUAAUAAUUGGGUGUCUCAUGUCAUUCUCUGUCAUCGCCGUGGGUAGAAAAAUGAUGAGUACGACUCAAGCAAAGGGUGCCAUCGGUUGUCUAAACGGAAUACGUGUUAUCAGUAUGUUUUGGAUUAUAUUAUUUCAUGUGGUUCUGUAUCUGGCUACAUUUCCUCCACUUCUCGGUAAUAUUGGUUAUGUUGAUAAAGUAGGCGAAUCGUGGUCAACGAUUAUACCUAGGAAGGGUGAUCUUGCUGUCGAAGCAUUUCUUGUUCUUAGUGGUUUGUUGGUAACUUAUCUAACAAUGAGACAAUUCAAACGUUGUGGUGGUCCCAGACAUCAUAACUGGUUCUUGUUCUACUUCCAUCGAUUCUGGAGACUGACUCCUGUGUACAUGUUUGUGUUGAUGUUGUACACUACUCUGGUGAUAUUCGUGUCCGAUGGACCACUGUGGAAUCAAUGGAUACCCACUCAGGCAGAGUGUGAGGAGACAUGGUGGGAACAUUUACUGUACAUCAAUAACUUGUAUCCCUUGCCCGGAGGUACUGGCGGGUGUUUUGGAUGGUCUUGGUACCUUGCGUUGGAUAUGCAGUUAUACAUUAUUAGCCCGAUAUUUAUCAUCACUUUCUACAAGUCUCGUGUGGGCGGCGUUGUUUUGACAGCAAUUACCUGUUGUGCCUGCUUUGGUGUAUCUGCUUAUUUUUCUGUUGUUCAAGGCAGACCCUUUGGAUUUGACACUGAAUAUUACAAAGAGCCGAAAUACGAAGGUGGAGAUGUGUUGUACACAAAACCCUGGUAUCGUUUACCAAACUAUCUUGUUGGUGUCGUCUUGGGGUACCUAUUCUUUUGUUUGAAUGGUAAAAAGGUCAAAAUAAAUAAGAUAUUAAAUCUGUUCACGUGGGCGUGUGCUAUUGCCGUUGGAUUGGCUGUUGUGUUAGGAGUCUACACUUCGAUGACAGAUCACCGUGUGGACCAAUGGGUAGCUGUGUUGUACGAAACAACACACAGAUUUGCAUUCUCUGUGGCAAUUGGUUGGGUUAUAUUCGCUUGUAAUACUGGUAAUGGCGGACCUGUAAAUACACUGUUGUCAUGGAGUGCCUGGUUACCACUGGCUCGAAUGAACUACUGUGCCUAUCUGAUACAUUUCGUUAUUCUCUUGAUAUACGAUUUCAGUUUGAAACAGUUGUUCUAUUAUUCAGAUAUGAAUACAGCGUUUGCGUAUAUUGGUAUUCUGGUAGUGACAUAUAUGGCGGCUUUUGUCAUUGCAAUGGCAGUGGAACUUCCGAUGAUUGAACUAGAAAAAGUCAUAUUACCAUGUAAAAGGAAAACAUCAUGAAUCUUUCUUCGUUUUAAAUGUCGUUUGAUUGAUCCUGUUUACUCAUGUAUUAUAAUAAGCCCAUUAUGUCAGUUAUAUAUAUAUAUGUAUAUGUAUAAACAAAGAAUGUGUACAAUUGUAUGAUAUUAGGUCAAAUCUAUAUAACUUUUAAGACUUCAUUUUGUUUAUUGCGCUUUAUUGUA